UGUAGCUCGACGUUUGUGCGAUUUCUCCGCGGUGUCCUUAUCGGAGGUUCUCGCUCACGAAGAUCCGAACGGCGGAAAGAGGAGAGGCGUGUUUCUGGUACCAUGUCCCCAGCGCCGUACAGUCCUGCCGUAAUCUGGAUUCCCCGUGUUCGCGUCACCGUUCCUGACGGACUGAAUCCACGUAAACAGCCCGCCGUUGUAUUCCACGCGUGACCGACGGAAGGACUCUGACUUUUCACGGGGCUUAUCGCACUCGUUUAUCGUCACCGACCACCGCUUCCGACAGCCACACGCCAGGAUGUUCAAGAAAUUCAAGGACAAGCUCGCAGAGGAGAUGAAACAGUCGCCCGCGAGGCUGCAGGCGAGUGUGCAACAACUGGCACAGGCAGUGGUAUCACCAGCCUUGUCCAACAGCUCUAUUCAGGAAGUGUCAGCAUCGAAUGACAAUUUCAGUCUGACAGAGGAUGGAGACGAAACACCAAAGAAUACUCCAGUGAAACACAGUUUCCAAAAUGUUGACCUGAUGUCGCCAUCUCCGAAUCGCAUGGAGAUUUCGAGAAGAUCUUCAGUGAGUAGUAUCACCAGUGAUGCAUCCUCGUUAUUUCCAAUGUAUGAAAGUCCUCCAAAUCUUUAUCAUUUACAGUCGGACAUGGAUCAGUCAGCUAGCGAAGUGGACGAUAAUAUCAGUCCUAAUCUUGAUAGAGUUACGAAGGAUCAGUUGUAUUCUGCUUAUAGAAAGAUGCAAACCAAAUAUCAUAAGUAUCGCGGUAGAUAUACGGAUCUGGCUACACACUAUCGUGAAUUAGACAGAGUGAAAUCCAAGUUGGAGUCUGUAUUGGUUGAAACACAAGACAAGGUUCUAAGAAGAAUAACUAACCUAAAGGAGCAAUGUCAAUUAGAGCAACAAGCUAAAGCACACUUAGAGGACGUACUGAGGAAUGAUAUAGAAGAGAAAGAUCACAUCAUAAAUACAUUAAAUACAAAGAUAAAAUUGUUGCAAGCAACUGGACCAAUUUUAGACAAUUCAGUGUUGGAAGAGGUUCAACCAAAGGAGAGUUCUAAAGUAAACCUAAUCGAUUUGGCGAAUGAAUCGUCUAACGACGAGAAUAAUGCACUGUCGGUAGAAAAUACUCAGUUAAAAGAUAAAUUAAAAAAGCUGGAAAGCCUCGUUUUAAAAUACAAGGAAUCAUUAAAGCGUAAUAAGGAGAAAUUUUUGGAAGUGAUGAAGGAGAAGAACACUUUGGAGAACGAUCAUGAGGCACUAAAGAAUUCCACUGCCGAGAGAAUCAGUGUGACGGAGGAUGAACUGAGUGCGGCGCGUAUCGAGAUUGAAAAACUGACUGAGGAAAUAGAUACUUUGCACAAACGCGAGGAGGAAUCGGCGAUUUCAUUAGCUGAGAAUAAACUUUCCGUGCACAGAGAACUCGAGGAGAAAGAGGAACAAAUCAAGCAAUUGCGAAUCGACCUGAAACAUGUAACGGAAGAUAAAGAGAGUUUAAACGAAGCAGCAGCGAGAUAUAAGGCCGAAUUGAAUGAACUUAAAUCCCUGCAUACCGAUUCGAAUAUAGCGGAUAAAAAUACCAUAGCUUCGAAAGAGAAAAUCGAAGCAAUAAAUGCACCUAUGCAACAAGUGGGAAUAAAACAUCGUGAGGAAGUUGAUCACAGUGAAAAGAUUAAAACAGAAGACGAGAAUAAACUGGACGAAGUAACGGUACGUUUGAAGGAAAAAGAAGUCGAGUUACAGGAACUGCAGGAUAAAUUGGACGAAAUGGAAAAACAAAAUAUAGAAUACAAAUGCAUUAGGGAAUCUAUACAUAGCGAACUGGUUGCUUGGAAGACCACAUAUUCGGACUUGAGGGAGGAAUAUCAAGCACAUAGGAUUGUCACGGAAGAAAAACAGAAAGACGCUGACUCGACGAUUGAGAAACUUCAAGCGACAGUACAAAGCGUUGACAAAGAAUUGGAGAACAUGAGAAACGCACUGAUCGAUAGGGAUCAGGUGUGCGAAAAUUAUAAUAAAAAGGUGCAACAAUACACAGACAUGGCCGAAGAAGCAAAGAAAAAAUUGACCGAACAGAAAGCAGAAAUCAAAUCUCUGAAUGAUAAAUUGGAAGAGCUGUCAGGGCUGCAAGAAGAAUUGGAGAAUAAAAAAAUCGAAUUAAGCGCAUUACAAAAUGAAUUCGAGCUUUGCAAAUCUACGAUCGAUGACUUUAAAAACAAGGUCCAGGCAAACAGUUCGGUUAUAAAUUUACUGAAAAAAGAGAGAAGCGAUUUGAUAAAUCGUCUUAUUUAUUAUAAUGAUUGUACGCAUCGUUUAAAGCAGGACUACAUGGAUGUAAAAAAUAUAGUUGAGGAAGAGUUCUUAAAUCAAAAGACUAAAAUAUUGGACAUGAGUGAGACUCUUGUCGCAUCUUUUGCAAAGCUCGAAGAGGAGAAUGUAACAAUGAGAUCUGAAAUGAAUGAAUUGCGUUCGAAGAUAAAGGAUCAAGAACAGCUUACACUCAAAGAAGCAGACUUGCAAUCAGAAUUUGCGCAAGUUACGAAUCACAAGUCCGCACUAGAAGCGGAAUUGAGGAAAAGUAACGAACGACUAGAAGAGAUGACGCUGAAAAAUAAUCAAUACGAUGAACUCAAUACGACGAAUAACAAAUUAAUAGCCGAAAUUGAUAAUCUCAAUUUUAAAAUUCACGAUUUAGAAGCGGCAUCGAACAAAUUAACGCAGUCACAACAGGAAGUUAAUUCUCUACGAGAACGGUUGAAGAUAUUAGAGAAUCUCGAAUCUGUAAAUCACGCGUUGUCUGUCGAGAUUGAUGAUUUAAGGGAAAAACAUGCGCAGGCCAGUCAUGCCUUUAAAGAAGUAAAUGAAUUGAAUGCAAAGUUACGUGAAGCGACCGAAAUCAUUAAUUCGUUCAAAUCGGAAAACAGCAAUCACGAUACGUUGCGAAAAGAGCUGUACGCCUCGAAAUUAGAAAUCGCUCGCUUGAAGGAUGAUCUAGCUGAAAAGGAGGGUGAGAUAAAGACUCGCGAUGAGAAACUAGUAAGUGAAGAGGAGCAUGUCGCCCAUUUAAAAUCCACAUGCGACAGUCAUAUACAGACAAUCGAGGAACAUGUAAGGAAGUACCUAAACUUGGAGGCGGAGUACCAAGCGACGAGGGAAAAUCACGCAAAAGAAACUACAGAAUUAAUGGAAAAUAACAAGGCAUUGCAAGAAACGGUUAACGUGAAACUCGUACAAAUAAAGAAGAUAAAAACUAUCAAAGAGCGACAAAGUAAAACGAUCGAGGAGGUAAAAGCCGAGCUUGACCAAUCAAAGACUCGGCAGGCAGAAUUGUCCAACUUGUUGGAGAUUUUCGAGAAACAAAUAGAGUCGCUGAAAUUAGAAAAUUCUCAACUUAUGGCGAUCACCCUGGAGAACAAAGAUUUAAAAGACCAGCAAAACGAUCUCUUGAGUCGUAAUCAGAAGCUUUGCGAAAACGACGAGGCUUUGAAGCAGAAAAUCGCAGAGUAUGAGAAGGAGAUUGAAGAAUUGCGCAGAACAGUAAAGAAUUACGUAGAAUCGUAUAAAUCUCAGCUCAAUAGUCAAAGCGAGGAGGCAGAACGUUUAAGCAACGAAUUAAGUAACGUUAGCGCGCAGUUAGAACGUAAAGAUGUGGAACUGAAUUCAUUAAAUGAGAGAUUAAUAAUGAGCGAGAAGAAAUCGCAGGAGAUCAAAGGGAAACUUGACGAGAGGGAUGCCGAGUUGAAGGAUAAAAUUUCCGAGUUAGGUACAGCCAUGACAAACGGUAACGUCGUGAAAGAAGAGAACGAGCGACUUUGCACAGAAUUAAGAACGUUAAGGGAUGAAGUUAAAAGAAUUAAAGAUGUGGAAGAAAAUAAUGAAAAGCUGAAAUCAGAACUUAGUCGUUUAACUCAAAAGAAUUCGGACGCAGAGACAAUACGUUCGAAGAACAAAGUAUUGAUUGCCGAACAAAAGACUCUAAAGAACAGAAUUACCGAGCUAGAAAGUGUAAAAUCUAAUAGCACGCAGUUGCAAAGUCAUGUAAAUAAUUUACAGUCCAAGGUAUCUAGUUUAGAGGCCUUACGUAUGGAAAAUAAUAGACUGCAGUUGGAGAUUGAAGCUUUGCAAUCCGCGAAGAAUUCGUCGCCAGAGGUAGGCGCCUUGAAAGAUUUAUUAACAGCGAAAGACGCAGAGAUAAAAUUAUUGGAAGAUAAAAUAUCCAAUAUGUCACAAGAGAUUGGGAAUUUAAAACGGUUUUCGCUCGAAAUCGACGAAAGGAGGAAGGGUACGGACACGCUGAGAAAUUCGCUCGCGUUAUCGGAAGAAAAGAUCACUAGUUUGCAGUCGGAAAUUAAUUCUCUCAGUCAGACGAACGAUGUGUUACGGAAAGAAUUAGAAACUGCCCGUAAGGACAAAGACGCGAAGGGCCAGCUCAUCAGUAACAAGUUGCGCGAGGAGAAUAAGAGAUUAGAGGCCCAACUCGAUGAAGCAUUGAUUACAUUCCAAGCGAAAGAGACGCAGAUGCAACUUGCAAAUAACGAAUUAAGGUUGCAAAGCAAUCAAUUAAGGGAACAGUUGAAGACCAACGAAGAGGAACAAGGAAUGAGGCUGAAGCAGCUGGUGAAAGAGUUUCAAGCUCAGUUGCACGACAAAGAAGAAGAACUUCAAGCCGCGUUGGAAAAACGUUUCGAUCGCCAACACAACUUCGAGUCGAAUCUUGUACAGCAAUACAAGGAACAAUUGAAAGAUUGUCAAUCAGAACUGACAGAGAAAUCUGAACAACUCGAGAGCCUUGUUUUAGAAAAAAAAGAUGUGGUAAUAGAGAAGGGAAAGGACAUUGAUCGCUUGGUAGAAACUAUCGCGCAGAUUAAGAAGGAACAUACUGAUGAAAUAAAAGAAUUAGAGAAAAAGUGGAAGGCUAUAGUGCAUCAAAAAAUCGAUAAUCUGCAAGUUAAACAUGAGGAGGAAUUGAAUGAAUUAACAAAAGAAUGGCAGAACGAAAGAAAGCCUGAUGCACAAACUGAUGCAGCUUCCGAGGAAUUGGAAAGCACUUCUCGCGUGGCGAUGGCCGCGGUACAAACGAGCACCGGCUCGAUUCACACCUUGCAACAGACCCUGACGUCACAGAGGCGAGAACUCGCGGAACUCAGGAAACUGGUCAGCUUGCGACACGACACAUUGGAAGAUUCGACGGAAAUUGAAUACCUUAGAAACAUUCUGUUCGAAUACAUGAUGGGAAGGGAGACGAUGGUGCUUGCCAGAGUAAUCGCCGCCGUCGUCAAGUUUGACCAAGAACAAACCACGAAGAUACUUAAGAAGGAGGAGGAUAAGCUAACUCUGUUUGGCUCACUUGGUCUCUCGUAGUCCGAGAUGUAUAAUUUUUCUGUAUAGAAGAAUUCUGUAGGCAAUUGACGCGUUUCUCUGCCCGAGUAUCAUAUGUUUCUAUAGGCCGCUCGUGCAAGAGCUUUACCUUCACUUUUAUAUAUGUAUAUGUACAUAUAUAUAAA